GUCGGACGCAAGUGCGUGUGGAACACUCAAAUCAGUUGAGUUGACAUUGACUGCGAGCGACGCUGAGCAGCUGUUAGCCUCCGAAAGUUCGGCACUGCUCGGCCGUGGUUUCCGUGCGGGUCAUGUGGGCCCUGUGGCUCGCGUCCCGGCGGCCGCUGCAGUCUGCCGUCAGAACCGUCGGAACCGACCUCCUGUCCCACAAGGUUCGUCUGCAGGUUUCCCAGCAGGUGUCUUCUGUCAGCAGACCCUGUGCGGUCCCCUUGACGACAACAUGGUGGCGCCCGCUGCACCUGAACACACAGAUGUGCAGCGUGAAGGAGACGCCGGCGCCCACCGAGGAGGAGGUUGGCGGUUUCACCAAGCUGAUUGAGGCCAUGGGUUUCACAGGACCCCUGAAGUACAACAAAUGGAAAAUCAAGAUUGCAGCCUUGCGCAUGUACACGUGCUGCGUGGAGAGGGUCAACUAUGACGACUUCUUUGACAGGUGCUCGCUGCCUGACACGCUCAACUCUUGGUUCCUGGUGGCGCAGCUGCAUGUGUGGAUGUGUCUGGUGCGGAUGCGUCAGGAGGGCCGAGCGGGCAAGUACAUGUGUCGCUACGUCGUUCACUCCAUGUGGGAGGACGUCGAACAGCGCAGCAAGAUCAUGGGGAUCGAUGCCAUCCAUCGAAAGGAAGCCCUCAAAGCCAUGACCGAGACGUUCUACGCCGCUUUGUUUGGAUACGACGAGGGCGUCCUGUCCAGUGACUGCAUCCUGGCCGCCGCCCUGUGGAGAAACUUGUUUAACUGUCAGUGUGAGGACUCUGCCCAGCUGGAGCUCAUGGUGGAGUACGUGCGCAAGCAGAUGCAGUUCAUUGACUCUUUGGACGGCGAAGACUUACUUCUGACUGGAGAAGUCAAGUGGCGCCCCCUACUGGAGGAGAAUGCUCAGAGCAUCCUGAAAGUGGCCACGCCCACAUACAAUGACGCUGGACUCUGACUUUCUGUCUCCAUAGAAACAACAAUCCUUGUUUGUUUUCACGUUUACGCCGCCGCUGACCACACUGUGGGGCCCUCGCUUUUGUGGGAAGGGAUGUCAUUGCUCCAAUGUCAUAAGUCUAAUGUAACUUGUUCUGACGAAGUGAAUUCGAGGAUUUUUUUUUUCACAUUUGUUUUGUCUUUCCGACGCCUCAUUAGGUGUGUGUCUGUCUGUGUGUGUCAAAUAAAAAGUUCAACUGACAGUCCGGUUAUGCCCUGUCCAUGUUUACAUUCUGUAAAAUGUGUAAAAUCCCUUCCUCUUCACCUGCAUGAAUGGAGAAGAGAACCAUCACAUCGCUUUGGAAACUAUAAAUGGUUAUUUAUUUAUUUUUUUAUCACAUGUCACCAUAGAGCCACCAAAGAUGACAGCCAAUGUUUAGGCUUAAUUUACAUAUAUCGCUUGCGUUGGUACAAAACCUGUCAAGCCGAUGAAUUCUAUUUUUUUCUUCCUAUCUAUAGUACUGUAUUUUAAUAUUGGCCAGUCCGCAUGUGGGGGUGUUUUUAUUUUUACAAAUUGACCAAUCUGUCGAAAAUAGCUUGCUUUCUUUAGCGAUUCAAUGUUAUUGUGAAAACGAACGUGGUGUUUUUGGGGUCUCAUGAAAAAUGAGGAUUUUGUAGGUAAGGAGGGUUCACCUGAUGCUAGCGAUAUAUUUGUAUAAUAUAGUGAUCUGUUUAUUAAAAUUGUGUCUGAAGA